GCAGUCAGCACAACACCUCUAUAUUGUGUUUCACUCGCCGCUUGAUUACAGCAGUAGUAGAGACACUCCCUCCGGCCCCGUCACGAGCGAACUAGUUAGACAACAGCAAUGGCGGCCUCCUCCUUCCAAAGAGGCGGCGAGAGACGAGGAAGAUGGGGGAGUCCCGAGCGCACGGUGGUCUGGACAGAGCCCAAGCCCGCGCCCAAGGCGACAAGGAAGGUGGCCGUGGUGUACUACCUCUGCCACCGCGACGGUCACCUCGACCACCCGCACUUCCUGGAGAUGGAGCUCCCGCUCCCCUCCCACCGCGCCGCCGCCGCCGGCCUCUACCUCCGCGACUUCACGGCCCGCCUCGAAGCGCUCCGGGGCAGCGGCAUGCCCGCCAUGUACGCCUGGUCCUCCAAGAGGAGCUACAGGAACGGGUACGUGUGGCAGGACCUCGCCGAGGACGACCUCGUCCACCCUGCCCACGGCACCGACGAGUACGUUCUCAAGGGCUCCCCGCUCCUGCUCUUCCCGCAGCAGCCGCCCCCGCCCACGCGCCGCGACGCCUCCUCGGCUUCCUCCGCAUCCUCCUCCGGCCACAACACGAGGGCCGGCCGCCGCCGCAAGAACUGGAGCUCCUUCGACCUCGGCGAGUACAGUAAUAACAAGCAGCUGGUGGCCCUGCGCGCCGCCCAACAGUCCGCGGCAACGCAGACGACCAGACACCGCGGGCCGGACCAGGAGUCCACGGAGCUGGCCAUCGACGAGAUCUCGCCGCCGCCGUCCUCCAGCAGCCCGGACGACGCCCUGGACAGCUGCGGCAGGGACGUCGGCGUGAUCGCCGGCGGGCGGAUGCGCGCGUCGGCGGUGCUGAUGCAGCUCUUCUCGUGCGGGUCCAUGGGCGGCGCGAAGCGGGGCCACGCGCGUGGGCGCUCCGACGUGGCGCCGAUGAGUGCCGGAGGCAGUAACAGGCAGGCGGCGGCAGAGGAGGGGGAUGCGUACGCCUCAGCAGCUGGAGCGGAGUGCUCGUCAGGUGGUGGCGUGGGCGUGGGCAAUAUCAUGGAGCGGGACUACUUCAGCGGCAGCCUUGUCGAGAGCAGCAAAACCACCGGCGGCGGCGGCGAUGCCGCUCUUCUUCUAAAGAGGUCCUCCUGCAACGCCGACAGGGGCGCCGCGAGGCUGAAGCUGCCGGCGGCGGCGAGGGAGCAGGUGGUCCGCGCCGGGUGCCUGGCCUCCCGAGGAAGCCGCGCGCACAAGAGAAACACGAGUAAAUCCGUGGCGGCCGCGACGGCGAGCAGGGACGACGGAGGCGAGCGCAGGGGCGCGACGGAGCCGGCAGCGGCGGCCGCCGACGGGGCGGGGAGCAGCUAGAUCGAAGGCGAGCAGCGGCCAUGAAACGUGUGCCUUGAUGUGCAGGCGGCGGGACGACGGGCACGGCACGGCGCCGUGUGGACGCCUCGAGACGUGGAUGGACUUGGUGGACGAGUCGAUUCGCAUGGCGGUGGCUGCAACGGCCCGGAGUUGUACCGAUCUACUGUAAACAAUGGCGACGAGAUCCGGCAGCAGUCUCGCGUGACUGCUCUACUUCCCUAAUUUUAUUUCUAAUCAAUUAGUUAAUCAAUCA